GUUUCCCCAUCACAGAGACGGAAUUGCGAGGAAAUUAGCGUAAUAUUUGGCAUUAGAGGAUAGCGUGAUUCAUGGAUUUUUGCGAGUGCUUCGAAAAUACAUCAGCGGUUGGUGUCGCGGUAAAAGAAAAGGGGCUCCUGUAAGACGUGAGGCGGAGACAGCAGGAGAGAGAGUUGCAGUACAACCAGAAGAAUGGCAGGAGGAAGACGCAAUGCUGCCCGUGCCCCGCCCCCCAAACCGGUAGCCCUUAUCGAUCUCGACAUGAAGAGAAUUGGCCAUGGGACAGAGGACGGGCCGCCCUUGAUGCCCAUCACCCCACCCAAGCACAUGAGCAUUCCUGACAUCCCCCGCAUCUCUGAGCUUGGCUUUGAGACCUUGAUGCUGGUGUUUAGUUUGAUGUCCCUCGCUCUGCAGUAUCUUAACAUUUACCGCACCGUCUUCUGGCUUCCACAUUCUCAUACAAAGUAUGCUAUGAACCUGUACUUGAUUGACAGAAGUGUUGUGUGGUUCAUUGUGGUGACGCUGAGUAGGCGACUCGGAUGGAGUAUUCUCAAGCUCGUAAUUACACAGUGCAUUCACCAGUCAUUGUGGAAGUCUGCUCUCUCAGUGGCAAGAGUGAUGUUUGUAGGAGCAAUUGCAGCACUACUAGGCUUCUGCUUGUAUACCAUCAGUGAUGCUCUGACGUUCAUAAAGAUCUUAGCUCUUGGAUAUCCGUUUGUGUUUUAUAUCUUCAUAUUUGAUAUGGAGAUUACGUCUUUCUUGGAGGUGAUCCCAGUUCCAGUGCACUACAAAGAAGAAGGAACCAAGGCGAAGCAGUCUGUUGUACGUCUGAUACAACAUGCUUGCAUGAAUAGUGCAGAUGCUGUGCGUGGUGAAGUUGAAUUCCUGACAAAUGACUGCAAUAGGCGCAUGGCACAAGUUAUGUAUCAGACCAUUGUGAUAGUCUACUACACUACAUUAAUUCCUUGUUUCUUUGUCCCAAGUUCCCUACACUACGAUGUGUCAUGGGUUACUUUUCACACAUUGUUUGUGGCCACAACCUGUUUCAUGUGGCACCUCCUGUAUUGUUAUCCAGCAAGUUAUUGUGAUAUUCUUCAUCGGGCAUCAAUGCACUUGGGAGGAUGGGCACGUGUUGAAGGCCGGUCAGGUCAUGCCCCUUAUAACCCCUGGUCAAAUUCAGUCCUGUGGCCCCAAGGAGCUCUCGUCAAACACAACCGAGAGUUGUAUAGGGCAGAAGGAGUCACCAAUGCCGCUGAACCAGGCAACACAACACAUGCUAGGUUAUAUGCUAUUUUUUGUGAUCCAUCCAGACCUGUCCUGGUGCUAGUUUGGAUAUGCGUUUGUUGUGUUCUGAUGCAUCUGGUACUACUAGCCUCCCUCCACCAGUGGCACCAGCUCCUAGCAACAGCACUAGUCCUUUCAGCAUCUUAUGCAGCUCUGUAUCACCUUCUGCGAGACUACUUGGUUCUAAGGAAAGUUUAUCAGCAGGAACAGCAUCUUCAAGAGAGAGUUAUUAAUUAAGUUCUCCACAAUUCAUUAAAUUCUGAACAGGAGUCUCAGAAAUAGGUAUUUGUUAUUGUAAAUCAGUCAUUUCAUUAUUCAGGUUUUUGAAAGUUGUUAUAAUAUUUGAGUCUAAUGUAGACUCAAGAAUGAAAAGAAAAUGAAGGCAUAUAGAGAAAAAUCUAAUUAAUGCAUAUAGGGUAAAAAUAUAAUUGUGUGUGUGUGUGUGUGUGUGUGUGUGUGUGUGUGUGUG